ACAAGCACUCCUUGACCAUGGCCUCGUCAGACUUGAUAUCAGCUUUGAUCUCUCACACAAGCCUCAGAUAACUCUGCGAACACUUUUCGGUUAGCCGCGGCUUUAUACUCUAGAACGUUGCUGUUCUCGUUCUGGGUUGAUAUAAAAUACAUCUUCAUAACCUGAAAAGAUAUUCUUCAUUCCGAACUAUCCACUCUCCAUGCACGUCUCAGUCUGAACAACACUCGAAUUUCUCACGAUGGGUACCGCAAAGAUUCUUGUGGUAGGAAGCAUUCAAGGCCAGCUCAAAAAGGCUUUCGACAAGAUAUCAAAGCUGCAGGCCAAACAGAACUUCCAGCUUGCGAUCAUUGUUGGCGAUGUCUUUGGAGCUGAUGGCGACGACAACAAUGGCGAGGAUUUGCAAGCCUUGCUGUCAGGUCAGAUCAACAUCCCAUUACCGACAUACUUCACCGUGGGCAACUCGGUCUUCCCAGAGGCAGUGAAGGCAAAGCUAGAAGCUGAUGAUGAUCUCUGCGCCAACCUGUUCUACCUCGGGCGCAAGGGCACAAUGACUACCGCUGAAGGAGUCAAGGUGGUCUCCCUCGGAGGCCGACUUGUCCAGAACGAAGGGUCUCUCACUCAGAAGCUCGGAAAAUGCGAUCCACUGUACCUUGAUCUCGACGCACGAGGCCUUCACGGCGCGCAUUCUGCUCACAUCCUCAUCACGAACCAAUGGCCGGCAAAUAUCACAAAUGGCUCAAGCAUUGAUCUCCCAGCAAAUGUCGACGGCAGCUCAGGGUCACAAUCGAUCUCAAAUCUCUGUCAAGCACUGAAGCCAUGGUAUCACUUCUCAAGUAGUGCCGAGGCCCUCUGGGAGCGCGAGCCCUUCAAGCACGCCCUGGACUACGACUCGUUGGAGGAGCCGGCAGUCACCAGAUUCAAGAGUCUUCCAAGUGUUGCUGCUGCAACCAAAGAAUGGAUGGCAGCAUUCAGCUUGGACACAUCGCGGCCGCCGCCCACUGUCGAGCCACCACGUGCAUCACCAUUCACUAGAGCAUCGCCACCAAGAAAACGCCAGAAUAUGGACGAUUCAGAGCAGUAUAGCCGAUACGCUACUACAGGAUACGAAGGGCGGCAAUCGAAACGAGCUCGAAGAGACCGUGUAAAGGAUCCUAACGACUGUUUCAUGUGCUUGAAUAAGCCUGGCACCAAGACUCACUUGGUGGUCUCCUUGGGUGAGGAAAGCAUGGUUACAGCCUCAAGAGGUCCACUUCCGCUACCAUCAACGUUCCCUCAACUAUCAUCCACUGGUCACGUUAUGAUUGUCCCCUACUACCAUGCAGCAGAUGAAAUGGCCCAGGGCAAGAGAUCCGCCGAAGAGCUGUCUACUGAGUUCAAUGAGAUGAACAAAUUCCGCAAGGCUCUGUCCGAGAUGAUUGGUUCGAAGAGUCAAGGACAGCUAGGUGCGGUGUGCUGGGAGGUCAACCGUACAGGCAUUCGUCAUCACCAUUGGCAAGUCCUGGCCUGCCAAUCGGAGCCGAUCAAGAAGGGCUUGGUAGAGGCUGCUUUCAAGGUAUCGAGGGAAAAGCACGAAUAUCCGGCCUUUGAAUCUUGCGAACCCGACAGCCUGCUUCCUGUACGGGCCGACUACUUCAGAGUAUGGACGUGGGUGUCUGACCCGGUCGAGAUGGCUGACCGCACGAAUGGCAGCAGCGACAAAGAGUUCGGUGUCACCAAGUCAAUGUAUUUCCCUCUGCCUUCCGAUCAAAAAUUCAACAUCUGGUUUGGCAGGGAAGUCAUGGCGGGUUUGUUGAAGCUUGAGAACAGAGUGAACUGGAUGGAUGCCCUCCUCCGGAAGGAUGGUAGUGAGCAGCUGGCAGAGGAGGAGGAUGCACAAGGUCUACGUGAAGACUUUGAGGAAUUUGACUUUGCCAUGAAGUGACGAAUCUUCACGGAGCCUUUGGCAAUUUGCUUGAUCGUUGCUCAAUUUUGGUGAAUUAUGGUGUUGCAAAGGAUGAUACCCAAGAAAGUCGGGCUUCUUGGAGAGGAGCAGAGGCUUUCAAGAGCUUUGCGUCAGAACGAGAUAUCCAUGCGAAAUAUGGUGCUGACAUUGCCUGGGGUUACGGGGGAAAGUCCCACGCCAAGUCGAAAGCACUCAAGUUAGUCUGUCUUAGCAUGCGGUGUUGUGCUUGCUACGUUCCAUAACAGAAGGCAUGGUCCGUAGGAGCCGACUUUCGUAGUUCAGGAGGACUUCAGAUUCGAACUGUG